AUAUAAAAUUUUAACACCACCAUCACAUUAGAUUCAGGUUGUAAUUACGCAUGUACUCAAGUUGCUAGGCUUUACCAGCCAACGAAUUAGUGGUUGAAUUAUCGAGAGUUAUAAUAGGAUGGAUAAGAUUUCUUUACUUUUAAUUAAAGUUCGCAAGUUCAAGCUUAGAUAUUGAAAAUUCUGAUAAAAAGUGUCUCCACCUUAAAUGAGUUUUACCUGUCGUAAAUCUAAAUUAAUUGGGUAUAGCAAUAUAAAUACUAAACACCAAAUAAAAAUAACCCAGUACUUGGACCAACAAGAAAACUUAUGUUUCAGUUUUACUUAAAGUUUUCAAAUUUGAUUUAGAUAUUGAAAAAAGUUCAGAUAAAAAAGUGUUUCCCCCCUAAAUGGACGUUUCUAUAUCGCAUAUCUAAGUUUACUGAGAUACCAAUACAAAUAUUGAACGCGAACUAGUGCUUGGACCAACAAGAAAACUAGUAGGCCCCAUUGAUAAAACCUAAUGAAGCCCAAACUUUCUAUACAUGUUGGUCACGCUAUGUUUAUAUAUAUUAUAAAAAGUUAGGCAAAUGAAAGUGCUAGGAUCCUCAUUCAUGAGUUGCCUUCCCUUUUCAUGCAAGCCAAAAAUGAGUCCCAACCAUUCAAUUGUGUUAUAGUGGGGACAGAGUAAAAUUCAAGGCAGUUAAAUAAUUGUAUAUUAGAAAUAUAUACUUAUUAUAUUUGUCAACAAUAGUUCGUUAGAACUUUGAUAUAUAGCUUCAACAUGACUAGAACAAGACCAAGUAGGUACCUAAUAUAUGUUCAAUAUCUAGUUGCCUAUAGGUACAACUAUAAAAGGAAGACAAUAGUGCAAAUAUCUUAAUCAAGCAAAAGCAACAAUAUGAAGAAAUAUUGUAUUCCUACUAGUCAAAGUUCGUUAAUAUUCUUGUUUUUCUUUUUUGCUUUUGUGGUGUGUUUGAGAGGUGAUGAAAAUGUAGAUGGAAGUAGCAAUGAUGUUCAAGGUCCAACAAAUGCCAACAAUUCCUACAAUAUUACUAGGGAUGUUAUCGAUAAAAAGGAUACGGAUAAGGGAGGUGGAGGAGGAGGAGGUCGUGGUGGUGGUGGACGUUGGUGGGGUGGUGGAGGUGGAGGCGGGGGUGGAAACGAUGGUAAAGGAGGAGGUGGUGGUGGUGGUGGAGGGGGUGGGAGUGGGAGUGGGGGUGGGGGUAUGGGAGGUAGUGGUGGAUGGGGUUGGGGAGGAGGUGGAGGUGGGUGGUGGGCAUGGGGAUGUAGGAAACAAAAAGAGCAUAAUAAUCAUCACAAACAUUUGCAUGUGAACAAUAAUCAAGAUUACAAAAUAGGUGAAUUUGCACAAUGCAUGGUUAAAAAUAGAUGCAAAGGAAUGCGUUUGGAUUGUCCUCUUCAUUGUGGAGGACCUUGUUAUUAUGAUUGUAGACAUAUGUGUAAAGCUCAUUGUCGUCGUGCCUAAAGGUGUUUCUCGUCCUCGUGAGUUCAAUUGAAUGAAUCUAGAAGUCAUCAAGAAUAAUAUAUGUAGCAGGAAGGACAGUGCAGCAAUCACCUAUUUAUGAUUCUUGCUUGAGAGUCAAAACGAACACGCCUGUUAUCUACUGUACUUGUUUUUUUUCUCGUGUGUGGUAAUAAUUUUGCUAGAAAUUAAGUGAAUAGAGAAUUGGUAGACUCAUUGAGAUUGGGUUGUAAAUUAGUAGUAGCAAGUAUUGUGUUUUACAAUAUGGUUUCUUUAGCUCUCUAAUUUUGAUGGCUAAAUGUUUUCUUUUAUUUUAUUAUUGAUUUUUGUAUUUGCUUAAAGGUUGAAUUGACUUCUACCUUUUCAAGCAAAUGAAUUAUGUCAUAUUUGAAGAUUAUUAUGAGCUGCUGACUAUAAAACUUCUAACCUA